CGUACUUUGUGUCAUACGAUAGAUAUCAUUUGCACGUUCACCCUUGUUUUGGGUCCGAUAUUAGGGUUUGGGCAACGGGGAAUUGCUUGUGCUUUUUACAUGGCGGAUCGGAACAGCAAUUCUGCGCUGGUGGUGAAGCCGAUAUGGGUGAAACACGCCGAGGAGGCUAAGUUGAAGAGUGAAGCGGAGAAAACCGCGGCCGCAAAGGCUGCCUUCGAGGCUACUUUCAAGAAUGUCGAUCCCUCAACCGCAGUGGCAACCGUAGCUUCGGACAGCGACUACGAGGAAGAAGAGGACGAAGACAGGCUUGCCAAGAAGCCGAUCGGACCCCUGGACCCCAACAAGUGCACGGCGGCUGGCCCUGGCAUAGCUGGCGGCGCGGCGUGCGCACCCUCCACGUUUACAGUUGUUACUAAGGACGCUGACGGUCGCAAAUUGCUCAAUGGUGGGGCGCAGGUUAGGGUGAAGGUUGCUCCUGGAGUAGGAGUUGGCGGCUCCGAACAAGAGGGGAUUGUUAAGGAUAUGAAUGAUGGGACGUAUAGUGUGACCUAUGUUGUUCCCAGCAGAGGAAAUUAUAUGGUGAAUGUGGAGUGCAAUGGAAAGCCAAUCAUGGGCAGUCCAUUUCCUGUUUUCUUCAGUACUGGAUCAACUACCGGAGGGCUAUUGGGUGUUGCCCCACCAACAAUAUAUUCGAAUAUGAUUAAUCAGACAAUGCCAAAUAUGCCAAAUUACUCUGGCUCUGUUUCUGGAGCAGUCCCUGGGUUGCUUGGGAUGAUUCCAGGCAUAACUCAAGGAGCAUCAGGCGGCGUCAUUUUACCCGGAGUUGGCUUUUCACUUGGGGAAGUUUGUCGUGAAUAUCUUUAUGGACAAUGUGCCAAAACUGAUUGUAAGUUUAAUCAUCCACCUCACAAUCUUCUAAUGACCGCUUUAGCUGCCACCAGCAGCAUGGGAACACUUAGCCAGGUUCCUAUGGCACCUUCUGCUGCUGCAAUGGCUGCCGCUCAGGCAAUUGUGGCUGCACAAGCACUUCAAGCCCAUGCUGCCCAAGCACAGGCUCAAACGAACUCUGCAAAUGACACCUCAGGAUCUGCUGGGAAAGAGACAGCGGCCAAUUGCCUUAAGAAAAUUGUGCAAGUUAGCAACCUUAGUCCACUUCUAACUUUGGAUCAGUUGAAGCAACUCUUUGGGUUUUCUGGAACAAUUGUUGAUUGUAGCAUUACUGAGUCGAAGCACUUAGGUUACGUAGAAUACUCUAAGCCAGAGGAAGCAACUGCUGCUUUGGCGUUGAACAAUAUGGAAGUUGGCGGACGGCCCUUGAAUGUUGAAAUGGCUAAACAACUUCCUCCAAAACCAGUCACUUUAAAUUCCUCCAGCACAUCAUCUUCUUUGCCCUUAAUGAUGCAGCAGGCUGUUGCCAUGCAACAGAUGCAAUUUCAGCAGGCUCUCCUAAUGCAACAAGCAUAUACUGCUCAGCAGGCUGCCAGUCGAGCUGCAAGCAUGAAGAGUGCUACUGAUCUUGCAGCUGCUAGAGCUGCAGAAAUAAGUAAAAAACUAAAGGCUGAUGGACUUGUCACUGAAAGCAUGGAAACAUAUGAGAAAUCCAAGUCACCACCUGACACUCAAGUCAGGUCAACGUCUAGGUCAAGAUCCAGAUCCAAAUCCAAGUCCAAGUCAAGAUCUCCCAUCAAUUAUAGACGAAGGAGAAGAUCUCGUUCCUUCUCCCCUCCACCAAGACGGUUAAGAGGGUAUAGAUCCAGGUCACCAAUUAGGUCCCACCAUUUUUCAAGAUUUGAGGAUGAGCGCCGAUCUUAUAGGGAUAGUAGGUAUGCCAAUGACAGAGGUAGAAGGUGGGAUUCUGGUAGAUCAUAUAACCGCCGGUCACCUGUCUCAAGGAGAAAUAGAAGUAGGAGUGUAACCCCUCGAGCUAGAAAGUUGUAUAGGGACGAUUCAGACUCCCCAAGACACCGUCAUGAAAGUCCAGUUCACAAGACACGUUAUUCUCGUGCUGAGUCUACGUCUCCGGAACAUCGAAGGAAUAGGUCAUCCCUGAAGAAUGAUGAAAGUAAGUCCAGACAUAGACGACGGUCAAGGUCAAACUCUGUGGAAGUUAGUCAUUCACCCAGUGAUAAAGUUGGUAAUGAUAAACAUGGAAAAUCAAAAGACAGAAAAAGGAGACACUCAAGGUCAGUUUCACCACAUGAUGAUCUGGAUAGACAAAAUAGAUUGUCCCCUAAAACCUACGAUGAAAAGAAACCAAAGCAAAGCCUGCAUAGGAGAGAAUCAAGGUCCAGAUCACCAGAUGCAAAACGCCAUUCAAAUAGAAAGAGAGAAGAUAAAGCUCAAAAUAAUGACGAUAGAAGGAUAUCGAGGUCAAGGUCAAGGUCUAGAUCCCCAGAAGGAAAGCAUCACACAAGUGACAAAUUGGAUAGAGAAAAAAAAGAGAAAUCUAAGCAUCAUUCUAGAAAGCGUUCCAUAUCUAGGUCCAGAUCUCCCAUUGAGAAGCACCACUCAAGUAGUAAGCUGAACAAGAGCAGGGAAGAAAAAUCAAAACGUCAUGUGAGAAGGCAAUCCAGAUCAAGGUCUGUUGAAGGUAAGCGACAAAGAAGUAGUAGGAAGUCCCCAAAGCACUCAGAUGAACGCAGAUCAAGGCAUCGGAAGCGCUCUAGAUCGAAAUCUCUAGAAAGCAAAGACGAACCUGAACAUAAUGAUAUGGAUGUCGAAAAUUAUGAAGUGACAAGGCAUGCUGAUGAAAAGCCUGGGGAGUUAGCUGGCGUCUUGGAGACUGAUCUACGUAGUCCGGUAUCAAUGAAGUUGGAUAGUGAUAAUGGUCAUCUUGAGGACUGUAAUGAAUGUGAGAAACAAGAGAUAAAUGUCUUUGAAGUUGCUGACUCAACCAUUAGGGAACAAGAUCAUCUUAAUUUGGACGCAUAGGUGCAGGGGAUCUAGAGAUUCUCUCUCAUUGGACGUUGAUUCAUUGCUUUCUCAUUCAAUAUUUGAGGGAUGGUUAUUUGAGAGUAACUUGACAGAGGAUCAUGUUGAAGCUUUGGUUUGAGGAGUGAGAUGCCAUUGUGUACAAGGGAGAGGGCUAUCUUACAAGGCCUAGUGGUCAUUUUUGAUUACUCGCUGUUCCCGUGACAAAUUCGCUGUUUCUUUCUGUUGCAGGUGGUGAUGAUGGAAACAAUCGGAGUCUGAUGAAGCAAUGAUUUUUGGCUGGAUCAUGCUGUUCUAUGGGCGCUUGGUGAAAUGAGUCAAACAGUUUAUCUGAUUGUUUGUGAAGGUAUGCAUCUGCAGAAAUCGGUUCUUCCGGACAAUUGCUAAAGCUUGCACAAUUAUGCGGCAUUAGAACCAUGAGCUGGAAAUGUUUAUGUAGGAAUUUUAUUGUGAAUUAUAAGGUUAUGAUUAUUUUAUGCUUUGGCCCUGUCCUCAUCUUCUACUUCGUUUUUUCUUGUUGGUACCAUCUCUCCCUUUCUUUUCUUUUUCUUUCUUUCUUUCUUUCUUUCUUUCUUUCUUUUUUCCCUACUACUGCUUGGUUAGGUAGUCGAUGCAAGUUACACAACCAGGUAUUGCUGAGAUGGGUAGCAUUAGCAUCACUGUGCUCCUUUGCCUCCAAGUAUGUCAAGAUUUGCUAGGUUUAUGUUCUUUAAUUCACAGAGAAUGUGAAAUGCUAUUCUAUAACAGGUAAUUCUCUUCAAAAAAUUAGAUUUCAUCAUUUAGCUACAUAAAUGUAAAAAGGAUGUCAUAGCAUAUCAGAUGGCCAAAUGCGUCAGCAGUUUGGUGUUGUAGGCUUGUAUGAAGGACAUUGUCUUUCCCUGUACAGAUUCAACAUAGUAGGUUAUCUGAAACAGUAUUUUCCAUUGCUGCAAAAAAUUCCAGACAAUUUUCAUCAAUUUUGUUGUGCAUCUUUAUGCAAGAUGUGGCUAUGGCCGUUCUUAGUUCUUUCAACUUUCUAACUUUUUCCCCACAAAGAGUGAGAUGCAGACACUUAUCAAACUCUAGCGAUUGUGUUCAGCACUUUCUACAUGUAACUAAAAUUUGUCUGCCGGUCCCCCUUUGUUAAAGAUUUUGAUGUACAUUAUACCAUUUUCUUUUGUGCUCCUUGGUUUUGCUGCCAGGCAAACUCUCCCCCUCUUCCAUGUCCACUUUCUCCAACAUACUGUUUUGCUUCUUUUGGUACUUUUAUGGUUUGGCGUUGCUGUGGGUUUAUUUUUCUUAUCUGCGAAGUUGAGAAUGCUGGACUGGACGAUUGCCAAGUGGUGGGGGAACAUGUGUUAAAAACUGGUUCCCAUAUUUAGCAAAAGACCAUGACUUGCAUCAUGAUAGGGGCACGUAUUGAUGAGAAUUGAGAUCCCAAGUGUUUGCUCUCUAUGUUUUGUCAUGAUUCAAAGUUCAAACCACUGGAAGUGUCUUUAUGCAAAUGAGGAGCUUGACGGCUGAGUGCCUGAGUGGACAUCCUGAAGGCGUGGAACAUGACGGCCACAUAACUGCUUUUUGUAAGAUGUUUCGGUAUUCAGGGCAAUUUUGACGUCAUGUGUAGAAUUAAUGAUGCAGCAACUGUCCAACAGCAGAGAUGUAAUGAUUGAAUAGUGUACAGACUUGCAAGGAAUAACAGCAGUAGUAAUAAUUAUAACAUACUCCCUUCGUCACUUAAAUCUUUUUAAUCUUUCUUUUUUGGACGUCCCAAAAAACUUUGUCACUUUCCAGUUUCCCUUUUCAUCAAUUUUUU